AUUUUUGCUGUCUCCCGAGGGAGGAUGAGGAGCACCUUGUUCUGGGGAAGUGUUACCCUUUGUUCUCCUGCCCUCAAACGGUGUGCAGAUAAAGUCGCUGGUAAAGCUCCCAAAGAAGAGAAGGAAGAGGAGGAAGUGUCCAGCGUGCUCAGCCAUGGCUCUCCCGUGGGCACGGCCCGGCCCAGCCGGAGCUGGCGCAGCAGCCGGACGGCGGCCGCCGCUCGCCAGCGUGACUCCGAGAAUUCCCGCGCCUCCAGAUCCAAGGCGAGCUCCCUGCAGCUCGUCUGCAAGUCGGAGCCCAACGCCGACCAGCUGGAGUACGUGGUCACAGAAGAGCAUCAGUCUCCAGAUGGAGUCAGCAGCGAUGAUGAUGAGAUGCUCAUCAGUGAGGAAGAAGUUCCCUUCAAAGAUGAUCCCAGAGAUGAGACCUACAAGCCCCACCUAGAGAAGGAAGCACCAAAGCAAAGGAGAAAAGCUAGCAAGGGGAAAGAGGAAAAAGAAAGGCAGAAAGAGAUUAAAGUGGAAGUGAAAGAAGAGAACGAGUUUCAGGAGGAUGAAGAACCACCAAGGAAGAGGGGAAGGAGGAGAAAGGAUGACAAGAGCCCAAGGCUGCCCAAGAGAAGGAAGAAGCCUCCGAUCCAGUAUGUCCGCUGUGAGAUGGAAGGCUGCGGCACGGUCCUGGCUCACCCACGGUACCUGCAGCAUCACAUAAAAUAUCAGCACUUAUUGAAGAAAAAAUACGUGUGUCCUCAUCCCUCCUGCGGUCGGCUGUUCCGGCUCCAGAAGCAGCUCCUGCGGCAUGCCAAACAUCACACAGAUCAAAGGGAUUACAUCUGCGAGUACUGCGCCCGGGCCUUCAAGAGCUCCCACAACUUGGCGGUGCACCGGAUGAUCCACACGGGCGAGAAGCCCUUGCAGUGCGAGAUCUGCGGAUUCACCUGCCGGCAGAAGGCUUCCCUCAACUGGCACAUGAAGAAGCACGAUGCAGACUCCUUCUACCAGUUCUCCUGCAAUAUUUGUGGCAAGAAAUUCGAGAAGAAGGACAGCGUCGUGGCCCACAAAGCCAAGAGCCACCCCGAAGUGCUCAUUGCUGAAGCACUGGCUGCCAACGCGGGUGCCCUGAUCACCAGCACGGAUAUCCUGGGCACUAAUCCCGAGGCCAUCGUGCCGCCCACAGAUGGCCAGGGCCUCCCGCUGCUCCCCGACCCCCUGGGCAGUGCUCCCCCAGCAGACUGCCUGCUGCUGAGCUCGGAGGGGAUGCCAAAGCCCUACUGUGGCGGGGCAGAGCGCGUGAGCCUGGUGGCCGACGGCAAGCUCUUCGUGGGCAGCGGCAGCGGCGCGAACCCAGAGGGGCUGGUCAUGAACACAGAGAUGCUGGGAGCCAGCACAGAGGUGCUCAUCGAAGAUUCAGAUUCCACUGGACCCUAGUGGCGGGGGAGCACCCGGGUGCUGGGACAGUUGGGACUCUGUAUUUAAAAGGAAAAGGAAAGAAAAAAAAAGGAGGAGGCACUUACUGAAAGAGAGGAAAGUUAAACAAAACUUACAAUACUAGUAAAUAACUGAAGGGUCUGCUCCCCUCCAGCGUGGAUCACAGCACAUCCUCUUUCUCCCAACCACUUCUCUCUCUCCCACGGCCCCUUUGUGGAAAGGGGCACGUGCUGCCGUUGCCAGAGCAAGUUGGAUUGAGCGGUGGAUUUCUCCAAGGGAGGGGGCACUGCCGAAACCCUUCGCUCUACCCCAAAGCAUUUGCCUUUCUGGCUCCUUGGCGUGGCCCCGCUGGCAAACAAAAAGGCAUUGGACAUGCUCCGGAGAAGUUCCUUAGGACUCCCUCUGCCCCCGGCCCCGACUUCUAUGCACCGCUGCACUCUGGUCCUUGCAGUCUCCUCCUUCCUUGCCGGGGCUGGGAGUUUGGCACUUUAGCCCCUCGGCAGGGUGAGCUGUGAAGCAGCAGCGCACGUCCCGCUCCCACCGCGCUCCCCUGCUCCAGCCCUGGCAGGAAGUGGAGGGAGGGAACGCCCUGGCUCGUAGAUCGUGUUUGCUCGGAGAGGCCCGGGGGCUACAGGAGCCCUGCGUGGGAGAGGCGAGGAGGAGCAUCCCAGUUUGACGACAGUAAUUUGCACUUUGAACAUGCUUCGUUUUUGUGUUGUGGUAACAAGAUUCCUUAUUUAUUGUUUAAAAAAGGGUCGGUAUUUUUUAGUUCUGUUCUUAGGGGGCGGGGGUGGAAGGGGUUCAGGCUGUUUCCCAGUAGGCUCCAGUGCAGGGAGCUCCAGUGCCGGCGUGCCAGCAGCUGGGAGAGCCGAGGUGAAGGCAGCGCUCUGGAGUCAGAUGUGUCUCGCAGCUCUUCCAGAGUAGAGGGAGAGCCCCUGGAGAAGAGCCUGUGUGCAGUGGGAGUCUCGGCAGCAGCGUGUUAGCAGGAGGAUGAGGUGAGUGAUGGGCUGUCCCUCCCUCCCUCCCAGCUCCGGGUGAGCUCCUCGCAUUACAUGCCCGUUUUGCCUCCAGCCUUUCGGGGAAGGACGUGUUUAGCCAGGAGCUUGUCCUUGUGACUCGGGACAGCCGAGCGCUGCUUGCUGCUGGGGGACGUGGCGCUCCUCAUCCGACUCUGCCUCUCCUUUCCAGGUCUAGACAAAGAUGCAGUUAAGCAGGGACUGGAUAUGGUUUUCUCAGGCUUGUUUAUCCAAGGCAAUAGAUUGACAGGGGACUAAGGGGCUGUCAGCUUCUCUCCCCGCCCCCGUUUUGGGGGGGGGGGGGGGGUGUUGUGUAGCCAUGUUCUGAAAGCUUCUCUCUUCUGCACAGACACCCCAGCUUUCCCUGAAACGUGGUGGGUCAGGCGUUGCCUGCUGGUGUAGUUAGGGCAGCUUUGAGCCCUUGGAAAAGUUUACAUAGGAUAAGAUGUGUCUGCUAUGGAGACUUGGAUUUUUUUUUGCUCUUCUCUGAAACUUUGUGUGGAGAUUCAGUGGCCUUGAAUUCGUAGCGGUUUUGGAAGAGGUGAAGAAUAACCUGGCUUUUUUCGUUUGCUUGUUUUUUGGUUGGGUUUCUGGGGUUGGGAGCAGGGCUGAAGUAUCUUGUCUGAGCACAAGAUCAGCUGAGUUGGUCUGUAGCACACAGCAGCUUGUUGAAGUCGGGUACCUGGGGUCUGGAAAACCGCAAUAAAAACGCGGAAUUUAACUGGAUUAACAGGAAACUGACUCUGAACACCCACUCUGUCCCCUGUGAUGCCUGGAAAUCCAGCUGUGGCCCAAACAUGACGGCUUUCCUUGGGCCGUUUGUCCUGGUUUGCCCCCUCCCUCCUCCCCUUCCCCCUUACACUGAUACCUUUGUCAGAGCAAGUUGAAGCACUUCCUGGUGUUGGGGCGGAUCGAGGCUGAGCAGUUGCGUGUCCUGUGCCUUGUGGCAGCAGCCUGGCUGGGGUGAGGGCCCAGCAGCACACCUGGUGGCAGCUCCGCGUUGGAAUGGUGUUAAGCUUCCUUCAGUUGGGAUGAUCCAGCGUCUCGCUUGGAUUGCUUUACUGUGGUUUCCAGCAGGAAACGUUCUGGGUGGCAGCUGGUCCCCUCCCCCUGCAGACUGGAGAGGGGCAGCUAGACUAGAGGCCAGCAGUUCAGUUCAGUGCGGGGCUUCUCUCUGGGGACACUUGCCGGCCCUCGGGGCUGCUGGAGCUGCGUCUCUGCUGGGCCCUGUGCCCGGGGGAGGUGCGGGGUGGGCAGAGCCUUGCGCAGGACACUAAAGGAGGGCUCGGGGGUUGGUUGGUCGAGGGAUGGCACUAAAACGCCUUUGGGCCAAGGGCUUGCUGACCUCUGGUGACCCAGCAUUUGGCACUGGGCUCGGGGCUGGGGGAGGCUGCCUCAUCCCACAUCCGCCCCAGCGGAGCAGGGUUUGCCCCCGGCUGCACUUCUGGGAUGCAAAAUCAAACAUUUCCUUUGCUUCCCGGCCUGGACACCUCUGAUCCUUUUCGCUCCCCCCCCCCCCACCCUUCCAUGACACCUCUUGUAGCUGUCCCUUUUCUUUUUCUGGCCAUGGCCAGGUGCCUGUCUGUCCUCUAACCACAGCCUGCUCGCCCCUGGUGCAGGAGAGAUGUGUAGCUCCCUUCCCAUGCCCCUCUGAAGCUCUAAAACUGACACAGCCCUCCUGCAGCUCCUCCUCCCCUCGAUGUCUCUCCUUCACUCGCAUGCAGUUUGCUUCAAUAAAUUAUUGUAGUAGUUUGCAAUAAACUUUUUUGUAUUUUUU